CGGAACUCGAUCGGACGUGUCACCUUGGGCCUGAUUGACCCCCGCCAAUGAUAAAAUGUGUGAUGAACCUGGGAAAGUUCAAAUGUAGAGCACUAGAGGGUGUAUUAGAACGACUUCGCCUACUAGAACCCAUGAUUGUAUUGAAAAUGAGAUCUUUUGAAACGCUGUCCCAGGUAAUUUUUUUAUCUACAACCCAUUUAUAUUCUUUAUCGUUAUCCGUUGUGUUGACUGAUAAGCAGCACCUACCCAAUUUGAAUGUGGUACACAGCAGCCGAUCCAAGACAUGCCAUCCGUAAAAAACGGGCUUGCGGAGAACGGGUUCUAGGAACACUGCGCAUUCUGAUCGUCUAUGGACAAAUUUGCAGGUGGGGUGAGGUCAAACCUGCCGCGGAAGAACGUCACUGUCUGUCUUCCAUCGGCUGCUGCGCCAUCUCCUCCAUGCUGUGGAGUGACAGAAGCUUAUAUUGAGAUGAGUGCUAUGCUGAAUGUGGUUUCAUUUGAAGCACCUUUGUCU